AUGAAGGUCGUUCUUUGAAUCCUAUAUAUAUCAUAAGAACUGAUACUGCAGUAUCAGUUAUUUGUUGACUUGAUUCAAGAAAACAACAAAACCAACAUGAACUCCAUGAUUGCCUUCGCUGUUUUGGCUAUUGCCGUUACCGCCUCCGCCUCUCACAUUGGCCUUGGACUAGGUUAUGGUGGUCUUGGCCAUGGAGGAAUCGCAGUAGCUGGUCUUGGAGGUCUUGGAGGACAUGGUGCCGGAGUCAUCAACCCAUGGGCAUUGAGCCCUGUAGGACCUUCUGGUGUCGUCACUGGUGCUGGAGCAUCUGGACCUUCUGGAGUAGUCACUGGUGCAGGAGCUGUUGGACCCUCUGGAGUAGUUAACGGGCACGGAGCUGUAGGACCCACCGGUCCCAAUGGUGCAGGUGCCAUCGCCAUUGCUCCAGCAGCUUUGGGACUCGGUCUUGGACAUGGUUUGGGUCUUGGACAUGGAUUAGGUCUUGGAUAUGGUCAUGGUGGUUUGGGAAUCCAUGGUUGAAUACAUGAAAGACUUUAAUUUAUUUAAAUUAUUCUGUAUAUGGAAAUGGCAAAAUAAAUUAUUUCUAUCACAAAAUAGA